GGAACGUCAUUCGUCAUUGCCUCCCGCGAACUCCUCUACGCAGGCCUUUAAACCUCGUCAACGACCACAUCCCUUUUGCUUCUCCCUUCCAAUCCCAAAUACACCCCAAUACACAUUCGCACACGAAUCGACACGACAAACGAUGUCAUUCAGCAUUCCACUCCGCCAAGGGCCCGCGCGCCUGGCGCAGCGUCUCCCGCAACUAGCCCAACCCUUCCGCACGACAGCAACCAGAGCCUUCCACCAGGCCUCGUCGAAGUCAAGACCGACCGCCUCCGUCGCGACCGCAGCCCGUAAUGCCCUCCUCCGCGGCUCCUCGAGAACCUACAUGCAGCAAGCCGCACCCGGUGUCCAGGGCCAGGCGAGCCCUCUCCGCAAGCUGUUGGUCGGCGGCGCCAUCUUUGGCGGUACCCUCGUCGCCAUCAACGUCGUCUUCAACCGUGAGACCCGUGAUGAUGGCGGCAUGCCCGUCUACGAGCGCGAGUACCUCAACGAUACCUUCCUCCACACCGGUCUGGGCGUGGGUAUUAUUGCCCUCAGCGCGCGCCAGAUGAUUCAGUCUGGAUUUGUCUACAGGUUGAUGGUGACGAACCCCUGGGUCGUGGGUAUCGGUGGUCUGGCUCUCAGCUUCGGUACCAUGUAUGGUACCCGUGCCAUCUCUCCUGAUAACUACAUCCCCAAGUACGCCAUGUGGGCCGCCUUCAACGCAACCCAGGCCGCUAUGAUCGCUCCCCUCCUUACAAUGGUCCCCGGCGCCCUCCUCGCCCGCGCAGGUCUCUACACCGUCGCCAUGAUGGGUUCCCUUUCCAUCGUCGGUGCCACCGCCAAGCAGGACAAGUACCUCUACAUCGGCGGACCCCUCCUCGCCGGCCUCGGCGUCGUUGUCGCCUCCAGCUUCGCGCCCAUGCUGCUCCCCGUCACCGCCGUCCGCACCCUCGCCCUGACCGAGAGCAUCUCCCUGUACGGAGGUCUCGCCGUCUUUGGCGGCUUCACCCUCUACGACGUCCAGAAGAUCCUGCACCACGCUCGUCUUGCUGAGCGCGGUGUCAUUCGCAAGGAUGCUGUCAACGAGAGCAUUGCGCUUGAGCUUGACUUUAUCAACAUCUUUGUCCGCAUGGUGCAGAUUCUGACGAUGCAGCAGAACCGCAGGAAGUAGGCUAGUCGAGGGGGAGUAUGGCAUUCGUGGAGGAUAGGAUAAUGGGAUCCCGCCGGUGGGACGGUGUAUAUACACCCCACGGCGGGCAGAAAACAGAGGCUCGAGAACCCCUCUCAUGAUACGACUCCAAAGACGCCCACGGGCUCGGAGUUGGUUUUUUUGUUGUACAAUACCUGAAUAAAUAAAAUUCAUAAAUUCGGUC